AUGCACAAGAGGUUUUUUGUCCUGCGGGCUGCUAGUGCUGGAGGACCCUCCCGGUUGGAGUACUACGAAAACGAGAAAAAAUGGAGACACAAGUCUGGGGUGCCUAAAAGGUCAAUCCCGCUGGAGAGCUGCUUCAACAUAAAUAAAAGAGCAGAUUCCAAAAACAAAUACCUGGUGGCUCUUUACACCAAGGACGAGUAUUUCUCUAUCGCAGCGGACAGCGAGCAGGAACAAGACAGGUGGCACCAAGCACUAGUGGACCUACACAACAAAGGUAAAGUUCACGAUGCUGCUGUUGGUGGCAGUGGGAUGGCAGAGGAGAAUUAUGGAGAAAACAUGCCAGGACCUGCCUUUAAAGAAGUCUGGCAAGUUAUUUUGAAACCAAAGGGCCUGGGACACACCAAAAACUUAAUUGGGAUUUACAGAUUGUGCCUAACAAAUAAAACCAUCAGCUUCGUAAAAUUGAACUCUGACGCAGCGGCGGUCGUGCUGCAAUUAAUGAAUAUAAGGAGAUGCGGUCAUUCAGAGAAUUUCUUUUUCAUUGAAGUGGGAAGAUCCGCAGUCACAGGACCGGGGGAAUUUUGGAUGCAAGUGGACGACUCUGUCGUGGCUCAAAAUAUGCAUGAAACCAUCCUGGAGGCGAUGAAAGCGAUGAGCGAGGAAUUUCGUCCCAGGAGCAAAAGCCAUUCCUCGUCAAACUGCUCCAACCCAAUCUCUGUGCCUUUGAGAAGGCAUCACCACAACAACCUGCCCCCUAGCCAAGUGGGACUGGGAAGGAGGUCCCGGGCUGAGAGUGUGACGGCCAUCUCGCCUGCUGGCCCGGGAAAGCACAGUCAUUCAUUCAGAGUGAGAGCCUCUAGUGAUGGGGAGGGAACCAUGUCCAGACCAGCCUCAGUAGAUGGUAGCCCCUGUGUUGCCAGGACACAGUCUCACAGACACAGAGGCGCCUCCCGCCUCCACCCUCCCCUCAACCACAGCAGGUCUAUCCCCAUGCCCUCCUCGCGCUGCUCCCCCUCAGCAAUCAGCCCAGUUAGCCUGUCCUCCAGCAGCACGAGCGGGCACGGCUCCACUUCAGACUGUCUCUACCCCCGCCGCUCCAGUGCCUCCAUAUCUGGCUCUCCUAUUGAUGGGGGAUUCAUUUCCUCUGAUGAGUAUGGAUCCAGCCCCUGUGACUUCAGGAGCUCCUUCCGCAGUGUCACCCCUGAAUCCUUGGGUCACACACCCCCCGCCAGGGAGGAAGAACUCAAUAACUACAUCUGCAUGGCCAAGCCUGCAACUCUUCCUGGGGGCCACUGUGGCUGCAGCCCCCACCCCCACCGUACGCCAUCCCACCUGGACGAGCUUGAGCUGGAGAAGUGCUUCAGGAAACGGACACACUCCUUGAGCACGUCUCCCCCGACAGUGUGCCACCAGAAGACCCCCUCUCAGUCCUCCACAGUAUCGCUGGAGGAGUACACAGUGAUGCAGCCUGCAUACUUGUCAUGCAGCCGAGCAUCCAGCUACAGGCACUCUGCCUUCAUGCCCACACACUCAUACCCAGAGGAGGGCAUAGACAUCCCCUUAGAGGACAACAGGGUGAGCCAAAAAGAUGAUGGCUACAUGCCCAUGACCCCAGGUGUGGCACCUGCCACAGGUAAGAGUGCCGACUACAUGCCCAUGAGCCCCAAAAGUGUGUCGGCCCCACAGCAGAUCAACUCCCGCCAGCACCCCAGAAUGGACUCCAAUGGGUACAUGAUGAUGUCACCCAGCGGGAGCUGCUCACCAGACACCACAAACUAUGGUCAAAUCUGGACCAAUGGGGUCAACCCUAAGCUGUCUGUCGAGAGCACGGAGGAGAAGUUGUCGUCGUGCGGGGAUUACAUGAACAUGUCGCCGGCCAGCUGCUCCAUGAUCAGCACGCCGCCAGACUGCUACUUCAACCUGGUGGAGGAGCCGCCCAAGUCCAUGUAUGCCUACUUUUCCUUGCCUCGCUCCUUCAAACACAGCCACAGGAAGCUGGACCAGAACCCCCUGCGCCUCUCGCUCAGCUCUGGACGCCUGGCCUUCGGGGACUCCUCUUCCUCCUCCACGAGCAGCGACAGUCUGGGGGGACAGGGCCACAGUGGUCAGCCCGUGGUCAAGCCCAAAAGAGCUGAUGUGGACAGCAGGCUGGCCAGGCCCACGAGCCUCUCUCUGGAGGGCAACAAAGCCAGCACCCUGCCUCGCGCCCGUGAGUGCCCCUUCCCCGCAGAGCCCAAGAGCCCUGGGGAGUAUGUCAACAUAGUGUUCAACGACAAGGCCUUCUCAGCUAGUUUGGCCACUCUCUUCUCCCCCGUGUUCCCAGGGAGUGGCCCAGAGAGGCCAGCAGAGAUUUCCUCUGACUACAUGAACAUGCACCUGGGUGCUCAGGGCAGGGACAUUCCCUGCUGGGCAGCCAAACCCCCAGCCUCCUGCACAGAUGGCUAUGCUAUAGUGGCCCCUGCGGCUCCCUCCUCUGUGAUCCACUGUGAGAACCUCUGUAGACGGGACUACAGCAGCACACAGACUGACUACUCCAACACAGAGAUGAUUCUGAAUGCUCCAGUGUCAGCCAUUGAUGUCACCCCCUUCUCCGUGUCCCCUCCCAGCCAGGACCUGUCUGUGCUGGGCGCAGGUCCCAGUGCCGUGCAUUUGGGACUAAUGGGCCCUCUCUCUGGGCUGAGUGCUUUCACUAGGGUUAACUCCAGCUCCAUCUGGAACCAGGGAGCUAAAGUGAUCCGCGCCGACCAGCAGGGUCGGCGCCGGCACAGCUCCGAGACCUUCUCCUCCACGGGAGCCCCGGUCAGCGCCGCCUCAUCCUCCGUUGGGGAAGUGAAACGUCACAGCUCCGCCUCUUUCGAGAAUGUGUGGCUGAAACCGGGAGAAUCCCCAUUAUCUGCCAACGGGAGGAGAGAGAGCCCGCCAGGGCCCAGCUCUAACGGUCAAAACCAGAACCGGCUGAACUACAUCGACCUGGACCUGGCUCGGGACCAGAACCUCCCAGAGUGGAGUUCCCUCCAGGCCAGAGCCAGGGACAUGCAAGGUGGCAGUGCCCCAGAGGACCUGCGCGCCUAUGCCAGCAUUCGUUUUCAGAAAGCCGACGAGUCAAGGAUGAACCCCGCUCACAGAGAAGGUAAGACUGCCCGCUCCCUGUAG